GGAAACGAAAGUCGUAAGAACGUGAACGUUUCAAAAGCAAAGAUGAAGUUAAUUAUUUUAAUUAGCGCCCUAAUUGUGGGACAAAGUGUUGCACGCGAAAUUGGUGUAAGAAAAUCAUUGAGUCGUCAGCUGGACGGUGAUGUUGUAAUUCCGGAGUCGAGAAUUGUGGGUGGAAGUGAAGCACCCGAGGCCUGGGCACCCUAUCAGGUGUCCAUCAUGAGUACCUUUGGCGAGCAUGUUUGUGGAGGGAGCAUCAUUGAUGAACACUGGAUUUUAACAGCCGCCCAUUGCCUGGAGUGGCCCAUCAAUUUUCUGAGGAUUAUCACCGGCACCAAUGAUUACACAAAACCUGGUGCCGAAUAUGUAGUGGAUUCAGCGAAGAAACAUUGCGAACACGACAAGCCCAUGUAUCACAACGAUAUUGCGCUUAUACACACAGCCACGCCCAUUGUCUAUAAUGCACGCACUCAGCCCAUUCAAAUGGCUAGCAAAAAGAAUAUCUUGCAUCCGGGUGAUAAACUAACACUAACUGGCUGGGGCAGCACCCGAGCUUGGGGAAGAUUUCCCACUCAACUCCAAACGAUUGACUUGUCCUACGUGGAUCACUCGACUUGCAAGGCGAUGGUGCGCAAUGCUGAUUGGCUGGGCGAGGGACACAUUUGCAGCUUUACAAAGGAGGGUGAGGGAUCCUGCAAUGGUGACUCCGGUGGUCCCUUGAUCAAUGCCAAUCACGAACUCGUUGGACUCGUCAAUUGGGGUGAACCCUGCGCCGUGGGCUACCCGGAUGUGUAUGCCUCAGUGCAAUACUAUCGUGAUUGGAUCAAUACCAUGAUGACAGACGAGGGCAAAGCCUGCUAAGGAUGUGAAACAGAAGAAAACCAACGAAGAGCAAAAUAAGAAGCGUCGCGAACAAAAAGCCACACUGAACAACUUUGAUAUAUAGUCCGUAUUAAGUAAUUAACCUAUAAAUUUUAUCACACAAAUGUAUAUCGCAAAUAUAAAAAGUAAUUACAAAACAAAA